AUGACCGCCGAGGAUGCGCCGCCCGUUCCGACCAUCCCGGACGACAUGCGAUCCAUCACAAACCAGAGCUCCUCCCACAAGAGGGCAACGAGCCUGCAGAUGCAACCGUUCCGUGUUGCAAGUCAGAAGAAACAGGAGGGUGCAGGAUCCUGGUUCGGGGCCGCAGCUGAGGGUAAUAUGGCCAACGUCAGGACGUCAGAUGCCCUAAUGCGUGUGGCCUCUCCAGAGUCUCGCCCGGGAGCUCCCAACCUCUUCCAUAAACUUUUCAUACCCGAGGAUGCCCGGCGCAUCGCCCGCGGCAUCGCCAACCGUCGAGAGCAUGACAAUGACAGUUAG